GUGCCGACUUCUCCAGAACCUCCAUCCACAAUCAACGGAUCAGCUGUGGUUCAAACCAGGCUGGUGUUCAGCUCGUCCUCUCCUGUUCUCAAUGAGACUGCCAUCCUCAGUGCUCUCGAAGCUCUGCUGAACUCUACACUCUCAAACCUCAGCGAGCCUGUAAAAGUGUUGAAUUACACCGUUGAGGAAAUUUCAAACACCUCCUACGCAGUUAACAUUACAUUCAGCAUCAGUAACAUCAGCAUGCCGAGUAACCCUGAACUCAGGAACAAUACCUACACCCAAGUGGAGAACAGCAUCAAUAACACUGUAAACACACUUCUAAACAAUUUUGGUUCAGAUCCAUUAAAACCCACUACCUCCAACUUCACGAGUUCAGAGAAUGAAGUUACUGGAUACAUGGAAUACAAUCUCAAAGUCUCCCUCAAUCAGACUGGGAAUGCCACAGUGCCGACUUCUCCAGAACCUUCAUCCACAAUCAACGGAUCAGCUGUGGUUCAAACCAGGCUGGUGUUCAACUCGUCCUCUCCUGUUCUCAAUGAGACUGCCGUCCUCAGUGCUCUCCAAGCUCUGCUGAACUCUACACUCUCAAACCUCAGCGAGCCUGUAAAAGUGUUGAAUUACACCAUUGAGGAAAUUUCAAACGGCUCCUACACAGUUAACAUUACAUUCAGCAUCAGUAACAUCAGCAUGCCAAGUAACCCUGACCUCAGGAACAAUACCUACACCCAAGUGGAAAACAUCAUCAAUAACACUGUUAACACACUUCUAAACAAUUUUGGUUCAGAUCCAUUAAAACCCACUACCUCCAACUUCACGAGUUCAGAGAAUGAAGUUACUGGAUACAUGGAAUACAAUCUCAAAGUCUCCCUCAAUCAGACUGGGAAUGCUACAGUGCCGACUUCUCCAGAACCUCCAUCCACAAUCAACGGAUCAGCUGUGGUUCAAACCAGGCUGGUGUUCAACUCGUCCUCUCCUGUUCUCAAUGAGACUGCCGUCCUCAGUGCUCUCCAAGCUCUGCUGAACUCUACACUCUCAAACCUCACCGAGCCUGUAAAAGUGUUGAAUUACACCAUUGAGGAAAUUUCAAACGGCUCCUACGCAGUUAACAUUACAUUCAGCAUCAGUAACAUCAGCAUGCCGAGUAACCCUGACCUCAGGAACAAUACCUACACCCAAGUGGAGAACAUCAUCAAUAACACUGUAAACACACUUCUAAACAAUUUUGGUUCAGAUCCAUUAAAACCCACUACCUCCAACUUCACGAGUUCAGAGAAUGAAGUUACUGGAUACAUGGAAUACAAUCUCAAAGUCUCCCUCAAUCAGACUGGGAAUGCCACAGUGCCGACUUCUCCAGAACCUUCAUCCACAAUCAACGGAUCAGCUGUGGUUCAAACCAGGCUGGUGUUCAACUCGUCCUCUCCUGUUCUCAAUGAGACUGCCGUCCUCAGUGCUCUCCAAGCUCUGCUGAACUCUACACUCUCAAACCUCAGCGAGCCUGUAAAAGUGUUGAAUUACACCAUUGAGGAAAUUUCAAACGGCUCCUACGCAGUUAACAUUACAUUCAGCAUCAGUAACAUCAGCAUACCGAGUAACCCUGAGCUCAGGAACAAUACCUACACCCAAGUGGAGAACAUCAUCAAUAACACUGUAAACACACUUCUAAACAAUUUUGGUUCAGAUCCAUUAAAACCCACUACCUCCAACUUCACGAGUUCAGAGAAUGAAGUUACUGGAUACAUGGAAUACAAUCUCAAAGUCUCCCUCAAUCAGACUGGGAAUGCUACAGUGCCGACUUCUCCAGAACCUCCAUCCACAAUCAACGGAUCAGCUGUGGUUCAAACCAGGCUGGUGUUCAACUCGUCCUCUCCUGUUCUCAAUGAGACUGCCGUCCUCAGUGCUCUCCAAGCUCUGCUGAACUCUACACUCUCAAACCUCACCGAGCCUGUAAAAGUGUUGAAUUACACCAUUGAGGAAAUUUCAAACGGCUCCUACGCAGUUAACAUUACAUUCAGCAUCAGUAACAUCAGCAUACCGAGUAACCCUGAGCUCAGGAACAAUACCUACACCCAAGUGGAGAACAUCAUCAAUAACACUGUAAACACACAUCUAAACAAUUUUGGUUCAGAUCCAUUAAAACCCACUACCUCCAACUUCACGAGUUCAGAGAAUGAAGUUACUGGAUACAUGGAAUACAAUCUCAAAGUCUCCCUCAAUCAGACUGGGAAUGCUACAGUGCCGACUUCUCCAGAACCUCCAUCCACAAUCAACGGAUCAGCUGUGGUUCAAACCAGGCUGGUGUUCAACUCGUCCUCUCCUGUUCUCAAUGAGACUGCCGUCCUCAGUGCUCUCCAAGCUCUGCUGAACUCUACACUCUCAAACCUCAGCGAGCCUGUAAAAGUGUUGAAUUACACCAUUGAGGAAAUUUCAAACGGCUCCUACACAGUUAACAUUACAUUCAGCAUCAGUAACAUCAGCAUGCCAAGUAACCCUGAGCUCAGGAACAAUACCUACACCCAAGUGGAGAACAUCAUCAAUAACACUGUAAACACACUUCUAAACAAUUUUGGUUCAGAUCCAUUAAAACCCACUACCUCCAACUUCACGAGUUCAGAGAAUGAAGUUACUGGAUACAUGGAAUACAAUCUCAAAGUCUCCCUCAAUCAGACUGGGAAUGCUACAGUGCCGACUUCUCCAGAACCUCCAUCCACAAUCAACGGAUCAGCUGUGGUUCAAACCAGGCUGGUGUUCAACUCGUCCUCUCCUGUUCUCAAUGAGACUGCCGUCCUCAGUGCUCUCCAAGCUCUGCUGAACUCUACACUCUCAAACCUCACCGAGCCUGUAAAAGUGUUGAAUUACACCAUUGAGGAAAUUUCAAACGGCUCCUACGCAGUUAACAUUACAUUCAGCAUCAGUAACAUCAGCAUGCCGAGUAACCCUGACCUCAGGAACAAUACCUACACCCAAGUGGAGAACAUCAUCAAUAACACUGUAAACACACUUCUAAACAAUUUUGGUUCAGAUCCAUUAAAACCCACUACCUCCAACUUCACGAGUUCAGAGAAUGAAGUUACUGGAUACAUGGAAUACAAUCUCAAAGUCUCCCUCAAUCAGACUGGGAAUGCUACAGUGCCGACUUCUCCAGAACCUCCAUCCACAAUCAACGGAUCAGCUGUGGUUCAAACCAGGCUGGUGUUCAACUCGUCCUCUCCUGUUCUCAAUGAGACUGCCGUCCUCAGUGCUCUCCAAGCUCUGCUGAACUCUACACUCUCAAACCUCACCGAGCCUGUAAAAGUGUUGAAUUACACCAUUGAGGAAAUUUCAAACGGCUCCUACGCAGUUAACAUUACAUUCAGCAUCAGUAACAUCAGCAUGCCGAGUAACCCUGACCUCAGGAACAAUACCUACACCCAACUGGAGAACAUCAUCAAUAACACUGUAAACACACUUCUAAACAAUUUUGGUUCAGAUCCAUUAAAACCCACUACCUCCAACUUCACGAGUUCAGAGAAUGAAGUUACUGGAUACAUGGAAUACAAUCUCAAAGUCUCCCUCAAUCAGACUGGGAAUGCUACAGUGCCGACUUCUCCAGAACCUCCAUCCACAAUCAACGGAUCAGCUGUGGUUCAAACCAGGCUGGUGUUCAACUCGUCCUCUCCUGUUCUCAAUGAGACUGCCGUCCUCAGUGCUCUCCAAGCUCUGCUGAACUCUACACUCUCAAACCUCACCGAGCCUGUAAAAGUGUUGAAUUACACCAUUGAGGAAAUUUCAAACGGCUCCUACGCAGUUAACAUUACAUUCAGCAUCAGUAACAUCAGCAUGCCGAGUAACCCUGACCUCAGGAACAAUACCUACACCCAAGUGGAGAACAUCAUCAAUAACACUGUAAACACACUUCUAAACAAUUUUGGUUCAGAUCCAUUAAAACCCACUACCUCCAACUUCACGAGUUCAGAGAAUGAAGUUACUGGAUACAUGGAAUACAAUCUCAAAGUCUCCCUCAAUCAGACUGGGAAUGCUACAGUGCCGACUUCUCCAGAACCUCCAUCCACAAUCAACGGAUCAGCUGUGGUUCAAACCAGGCUGGUGUUCAACUCGUCCUCUCCUGUUCUCAAUGAGACUGCCGUCCUCAGUGCUCUCCAAGCUCUGCUGAACUCUACACUCUCAAACCUCACCGAGCCUGUAAAAGUGUUGAAUUACACCAUUGAGGAAAUUUCAAACGGCUCCUACGCAGUUAACAUUACAUUCAGCAUCAGUAACAUCAGCAUACCGAGUAACCCUGAGCUCAGGAACAAUACCUACACCCAAGUGGAGAACAUCAUCAAUAACACUGUAAACACACUUCUAAACAAUUUUGGUUCAGAUCCAUUAAAACCCACUACCUCCAACUUCACGAGUUCAGAGAAUGAAGUUACUGGAUACAUGGAAUACAAUCUCAAAGUCUCCCUCAAUCAGACUGGGAAUGCUACAGUGCCGACUUCUCCAGAACCUCCAUCCACAAUCAACGGAUCAGCUGUGGUUCAAACCAGGCUGGUGUUCAACUCGUCCUCUCCUGUUCUCAAUGAGACUGCCGUCCUCAGUGCUCUCCAAGCUCUGCUGAACUCUACACUCUCAAACCUCACCGAGCCUGUAAAAGUGUUGAAUUACACCAUUGAGGAAAUUUCAAACGGCUCCUACGCAGUUAACAUUACAUUCAGCAUCAGUAACAUCAGCAUACCGAGUAACCCUGAGCUCAGGAACAAUACCUACACCCAAGUGGAGAACAUCAUCAAUAACACUGUAAACACACUUCUAAACAAUUUUGGUUCAGAUCCAUUAAAACCCACUACCUCCAACUUCACGUAA